AUGGACAUGCUGGCAGUGACUGGAACCUGUGGAACCAGCAGGUGCUGCUUUCAGGACCCACCGUACCUGGACACAGACUCAGGCUCAGCCUUGGGCCCCCAGAACCUGAGCUGCUACCGGAUAUUCAGCGCCGGCGCCAGCUACGAGUGUUCCUGGCAGUACAAGGGGCCCUCGAUUGGGGUCAGCCACUUCCUGAGGUGCUGUUUCUCAUCUGAGAUGGCAGGCCGGGCCUCCAUGAUGUGGGUGAAGUAUGACCCUCCUCCUCGGAGCCACGUCCAGGUGUCCCGGCAAGCGGGGCAGCUGCUCCUGCAGUGGAAGAUGCCAGACGACCAGGAUGGUGCCGAGGUGCAGUUCCAGCGCCGGACGGCUGGCAGCCCGUGGAAGUUGGGCCACUGUGGACCUCAGGAUGACACCGACUUCGAGUCCUGCCUGGGCCCCCUGGAGAAGGACGCCGUGCAGGAAUUCCAGCUGCGGAGGCGGCGGCUCAGGUCGCAGGCCCCCGACGGGCCCUGGAGCCACUGGAGUGACUCCGUGUGUGUCCCCGCCGAAAUCCUCCCGCAACUCAAGAUGAAUUGCUCCGUGGAGCUGCUCCGCCCGGAUGGGAGGCGGCAGCUGAGCCUCCAAGUGCAGAAGCCACCUCGACUCCCGCUGCCCGAAGGCUGCCUCGGAGACACAGGGGACACGGCAGAGGUCACCUACCACAUCCACCUGCACAUGCUGGCCUGCCCGUGCCAGGCCAAGGCCACCAAGACCCGGCUCCUGAAGGAAAGACUCAUGCUCUCGGGCGCUGCCUACAAUGUGACAGUCUUCCCGAAGAAUCACUUUGGUCCUGGCCCAAGCCACUCCUGCCUCGUUCCUGCUGAGGACCACACAGAACCCGGAGCUCUGAAUAUCAGUUCUGGAGCCCAGGGGACCACGAUACACUGGGCAGGCCAGGAUCAGGCUGCAACGUAUUGCAUCGAGGCGCAGCCCCACGGCCACAGCAGGAGCCAUCCCACCUGCAACCUGACGGCGCCUGUGGCCGGAAUGGUGACCCACAGCUGGAGCCCGUCAGAGGCAAUGGACCAGGAAGGGUGUUAUCGCCUCACCAUUUUUGCCACCUCCCACCCAGAGAAGCCCACUUUGUGGUCCACCGUCCUGUCCACCUACCACUUCUGGGGCAAUGCCUUGGAGGCGGGGACCCCGGAGCACUUCUCGGUGAAGAAGCACGGUGCAGGCUCGGUGUCGGUGCACUGGGCAGAGUCGGCGCUGAGCUCCUGCCCCGGCAUCCUGAAGGGGCACAUCGUGAGCUACUGGCAGGAAGGCAGCAGCCAGGUAACAGAGCACGCAGUGAAUGCCACAGAGACUCAGGCCAUCCUCCACGGGCUGUGGCCCGGCGUGAACUAUAUUGUACAGGUCCGAGCAGACACGGCGGCGGGGCCCGGGGCCUGGAGCGAGCCGAAGAAGUUCAGCAUCGGGUGCCUGUGCCCACCCCUGCCCACACCCUAUGCCAGCACCGCCGUGGAGUUCCCCAGCAGCCAGGGGAAGCAGGUUUGGCAGUGGACUGAGCCAGUGAGCUUCCCGGAAGAGGCGUCCCCGCAUGAGGACCUGGUGGUGGAGACAUUCUGGGGCAAAGGCGAGGGGGCAGGACUGGACACUUGGCCUCUUGAGUUGACGGACAUCGUCCCCGAAGACCAAGCCAAGGCUCUGGGGCCCAGCAGACAGGGCUGUCUGGCGGAGGGCCACCCCCUGCUCUCACAAGACCUAAUGCAAGUCCUAGGCUUAGGGGCGCUCAGGACUCCGAAGCCUGAUGGGCAGGAAUACUAAAUGCCACUCCAUCUCACAGACAGUGCAAUGCCCGGAGGGAUGGCCACAGUUACACAGGCUGGUUAUUAAGCGCCUACUGCAUACCCAGACCCAGCCAGCCACUCUCCCGGUUUCCUGAAUUCCCCAACCACCCAGCGAGUACGGCGGCUGCCCUGUUUUACAGAUGGGGCCACUGCGGCUUAGAGAGGUGGGGUGACUCUCCUGAGGCCACACAGCCCGGGCAAGAAUCAACUGGGGACCAACUCGACCAAGCCCCACCAGCCUCAGGCGCCCUCACCCCUCCAGCCGUCUGAGCGCAACUCUGAUUGUGACACAUUUUAGGCAGGAAGCCUUAGCAAGCACCCCUAGACGGAAGCUGCCGUGGGGGUAGGUCGGACUUCCGGGGCGGGGAUGGGCACGGACACUGGUCCACUUGCUGCUGAAAUAGACCUUAGGGGAAGACUCGCUCCAAAUGGCUGGUAUGCCAGGGUCAGGAGCCCUGGCACAGGAGUCCAGCCUCAGGGCGCCCACCACCUCAUGAGGCCUCUGUGUGGGCAACAAGGUGGCUGUACACCCCCUGAGGGAGGCGGCUGUCCCCUGCCUCAGUCUCCUUCCUGGUAAAUGGAGAGGCGCACCCCACCCCUCCAUAGCUGCCCGGCCGGAGCUUGCACGACAUGCUCGACAUCCUCAAACAGGAGCCUGAGAAUUGGGAACUAACUCAUGCAUUUCUCCCUUCCACGAACAUUUCUGCAUCUCCGGGCCCCGCUGAGGAGCAUCCAGCCUGGGGUAGGCAAAGUUCUGCUCCCUACUCCGAAUCCACCCGCUGGCCUGCCCCACCACCUGGCCUUGCACUAGCGUGCCUCCAGUCUCCACUGCCCCUCCAGAGUCUCCUUAGGACACAUGGUCCCUUAAAUCCCCGACGGCGUGGGAUCUCUGAUACCCUUUGUGGCCACCAGGUGGCAACAGCUGCACGUGUCUCCUGAGCCAAGUGACCUGCCCCCACCCCACCUCCUACCACAUUAACAAGACAUACUUUUUCCAUUUUCAAACUGUUUUCAGCCAUUGGCCGUGACAGCCCCGAGCACAAUAGACUACCCCUGUGAUCAAGCGGGGAUGGAACCAAAUCGUCCCGCCAUAGGGCUCUCACUGGCUGAGUUUCGGGUUAGCCAAGCCUUUCUUCCCAGUCGUUGAUAGUCUGACAGCCCUAUCGAAACCUAUUUAGGGUC